AUGACCAUACUAGAGCAUAAAAUGACUUUCAACCGGCAAGUGGAACCGCACAUCCUUGGGGAAGUCCCAUGCCUCUAUCGUGGACCGGGUGGUGCGAUUGCUGUCCUGAAGGAUGGUGAACUCAUCGAUCAGCACGUCUGGGGAUACGCCGACAUCAAUCGACGAAUUCCGAUGACAUCCGAUACACUGAUGCCAAUAUGUUCCAUCACCAAGCAGAUGCUGUGCAUGACCAUGACUGAUUUGGAGCGCAAUCCAACACCACAAACGGCUGAGCUGGGAGACGUUACAGAAAAGUUCGCCGAGAAGCUACAGUCAAUUCUUCCUCAACAACUCCAACAAGAGAGCGGUUUAACGCUUAACCACUUGCGUGACAAUCAAUCUGGGAUCCGCGAUUACUGGGCGACAAGCACACUUUUGGGUGCACUGCCGGAACGUCAAUUCUCCCGGGAGACUGAUGCUCGAGCGGUGCUCGAUCGGUUUGCCACGCUACAGUUUCAGCCCGGCGCGCAGUAUUCCUACUCGAAUACGAACUUCCAUGUCCUUGGACGAGUGCUGGAGGAAGUCACCAGCACCCCACUCGAAAAGCUGCUUGCACAACACGUCUUUACUCCGGCUGGCAUGAAAACAGCUCGUCUGUGUGCGAAAACAGGGGAUCACCCCGAACCCUGCGUCGGCUACGAAGGGGACGAGCAGCACGGCUUCUUCCCGGCUUCCAACGCGAUAGAGUGGGCUGGUGAUGCCGGAGUAGUGGCGUCGUUGGCAGACAUGGUCGCUUACGAGAAAUACUUCGAUCGCCUCUGGUCUGACCCGCAAAGUUGGUACCGGCCAUGUGCUGAGUCCCAAAAGUUCAACAACGGCAAUCCUGCACGAUACCGCUCUGGCUUGUUUCACGUCGACGUGGAAGGGGUAGCCACUGUAGGGCACGGCGGCGCGCUCCGUGGAUACCGGCUCCACCGAAUGUACGCGCCUCAAGAACGCCUGUCCGUUGUCGUCUUGUUCAACCACGAAGCCGACGCAGGAGAUGCUGCAGAAUACAUCUUGAGAAAGAUAUUGACCCUGCCUGAGCCGGAAGCUUCGACCGUCGAUCCCGAUCCACAAUGGCUUGGGAAUUUUCUCGACCGCGACACGCAGCUAGCCGUCACCGUGUCUCCCGGCAAGAACGGGAAACUUGCAGUCAACUUCACAGGCGACGCGGAGGAUGUUCGACCUAUCAGUGGCAUCCGUGCUCUGUCUCGAGGCAUGGUUGCGGCCAUCAACUGGGAACAUCUCAGCAUCAAUCGGACGGAAGACAAUCUGAUCGUUCAUGCCGACCGCCUUUUCCCACCGAAUCUCGGCCUUCAGAGUGCGCCCUUCCUCGGCGACUACCGCUGCGCUGAACUCGACUCCGUGUUCCACUGCGAGGGCAAAGGUGAGAUGUUGUACGGCGCUUUUGAUGGAAUUUUGGGACAAGGUCCAGCACAUCUGAUGCGAUAUCUUGGAGGAGACGUCUGGGCUCUGGCGUGUCCGCGAGGCCUGGAUGCUCCCGCCCCAGGAAAUUGGACCUUGGUGUUUGGUCGGGAUGAGGAUGAUUCGGUGAGGAGUGUCACUAUCGGCUGCUGGCUCGCGAGGAAGUUCGAGUUUGUCAGAAUUUGA